AUGGAUCAACCAACUUCUCACUCGAGCAAGACGGACAUUGAAAUUGAUUACACAUCGCCGACAGUACGCUAUUCAGUGAAAAAUGACAACACAUUGAACGAAGGUCUCGCGUAUUUGAAUGAGAAUGGAUAUGUUGUUAUCAGUGAUGUACUGAAUCGGGAGGAGAUCGAUGAUAACAAAAACUUGUUAUGGAAAUUUCUGGAGGAUGCUUCUAAUGGUCAAAUUCGACGUGGUCAGCCGGAAACAUGGUCAAAUCCAUGGCUCAAUUCUUGUGUAUAUGGCGUCAUCAAUGGACGUGGUAUAGGUCAAUCCGAUUUUUUAUGGAAUAUUCGAUCGAAUCGACAAGUGAAAAAAGUUUAUGCUCACAUAUGGAACACUCAACAAUUGUUGGUUUCAUUUGAUGGAUGUUGUAUUUUUCGGGAUUGGCGUAAUAAUCCAGAAUGGAAGACAAGAAGUGGCUGGUACCAUGUUGAUCAAAAUCCAAAAAACAAACCAAAUCGAUGUUGUAUUCAAGGUUUUGUUACGCUUACUGAUCAAAAUGAGAAAACAGGCGGUCUUAUUGUUUUUCCACAUUCACAUCUACGUUUUCAUGAAUUGGAUGAAGUGACAAAAUAUUCUAAAGAUUUUAUCGAGAUUCCUAAUGAACAUUCAAUUAUAACUCGUGGCAAACUCGUUCAUUGUCAAGCUGGUGAUCUUGUCCUUUGGGACAGUCGCAUGGUUCAUUGUAAUUCACCGGCUACUGCAAUUGAAGAACGGGCAAAAGAUGAACCGGUCGAUCUACUUCGUAUCGUUGCUUAUGUUAGCAUGAGCCCAACUUCGUUUGUAUGUGAUCAAUCGCUUGAAGAGUUUCGAAAAAAACGAAAACAAAUGGUGGAAAAUAAUUGUACUCUGACACACUGGAGCACAGAACUUGUCAUGACAGGUAUACUUUUCAAUUGA